AUGGGUGUUGUGAAGAGUAAGUUGGCUGGUUGCUGUCCAUCAAGAUGUGCUUGUUGCGGUCAUCACCGUUCAGAUUCUUACGAUUUAAAAGACCUGCCGAGACCUCCACGCUUGGAUGAUUCAAAUAAUGUCAUAGACGGAACCAGACAAGGCGUCCUCGCGGUCCAAGGCAUCGACUUUUGCAUUGACAGCAAUGGGGAAAAUCAUCACACGAAUAAAUUCGAUCUCAUGACAAGAGACGUUGAUAGAUGUCUCGUGGUCAGACGAGGUCAGGCCUUCAAAUUGGAUAUAUUAUUAAACAGGCCAUACGACGCCAAAAGAGAUGCCGUUUCUUUCAUCUUUUACGUCGAAGAUGUGCAGAAGCGUGGGCCGUCGAAUGAAGCGUCAGCGGCUGUUCCUAUGUUGGAAAAGGGGUCUGAAACUUUAGGUUCAUGGAACGCUGUGUAUGAAGGACAAAUUGAUUCACAUCUGAUGGUAGCUGUCACACCAGCGGCUGACUGUAUUGUGGCUGCCUGGAGAUUAGAUGUCGAUACUAAACUCAGCGGUGCCGGAGCGCUAAGCUACACUCAUCCACAACCAAUCUAUGUCCUUUUUAAUCCUUGGUGUCUAAACGACAGCGUGUAUAUGCCGGGACACAGUCAUCGUGAGGAAUAUGUUCAAGAGGACGGUGGUCUUGUAUUUAGAGGUGUUUAUAACAGAAUCAAACCGGCUCCGUGGAAUUAUGCCCAGUACGAGAAAGAUAUUUUAGAGUGCGCUUUGUAUCUUAUAAGAGAAGUUGGAAAGGUCAAAGGAGGGGCGAGAGGAGAUCCAAUUAGGAUUGUCCGUGCGUUAGCCGCCGCAGUCAAUGUUCAAGACGACAAUGGAGUAUUGGUUGGUAACUGGGCCAAAGAGUUGAGUGACUAUAGUGGUGGAACCCAUCCAUUGAAAUGGGUCGGAUCUUUGGCGAUAAUACAGAAAUACUAUGAGAAGAAAAAGCCAGUUAAAUACGCUCAGUGUUGGGUAUACGCUGGGGUUUUGACGACACUAUGUAGAGCGCUUGGUAUCCCAUGUCGACCGGUAUCAGGCUACGAUGCAGCCCACGACAGUCAGGGCAGUUUAACUAUUGAUAUCAUCAAAGAUGAAAACGGCGACACCCUCGAAGAAUUUACUAACGAUUCGGUCUGGAACUAUCAUGUUUGGAAUGAGGUAUGGAUGGAUCGACCGGAUUUGGGACCUGAUUAUGGAGGCUGGCAGGCCAUUGAUGCGACGCCACAAGAAACUUCUGAAGACGUGUAUCGUUGUGGUCCUGCUUCCUUGAGGGCUGUCCGCGAUGGAGAACUCCAGAAACCAUAUGACGUGUCUUACGUCUUCGCACAAGUUAAUGCAGAUAAGGUUCUUUGGAAAUACUCUGGUGAAAUACAACCAUUAAAACUUCUAGCACGUGAUACGAUAUCAAUAGGACAGAAUAUAUCUACAAAGGCAAUUGGGCGAAUGGAAAGAGAGGAUAUAACAAAUCUCUACAAAUAUCCGGAACGAACAAAAGAAGAGCGCGACACAAUGGAGAAGGCUCUCCGUAAAUCUGAGAGCAUUUUCGCAAGAUAUUAUCUAAAUGACGCAUUUAAUGAUGUCACCUUCGACUUUGAAUUGAGAGACGAUAUUAAGAUAGGACAGGACUUCAACGUUGUGCUACAUAUAAAGAACCGAUCCACAAUCAACGAGCAUCAGGUGAAGGGUGUACUCCGAGUUGACACUGUGACCUACACUGGCGUUACUGGCGACGGGGUGAAGAGGCAUGAGUUUGACAUGAAGAUGGCUCCAGAAAAGAAAGAAACAAUCACACUGCCAGUCACGUUCAAUGAUUAUUAUAAGAAAUUGGUUGAUCAGGCGUCCUUCAACAUAGCUUGUUUGGCGUCGAUAGUCGAUAGGAACUUUGACUAUUUCGCACAAGACGACUUCAGAGUUCGCAAUCCUGACAUUAAGAUCUCUAUCGACGGCAAACCUGUUUCACGACAGGAGUUUACCGUGAACGUGAAAUUGGAAAAUCCUCUUCCGAUACCAUUAAAGAGCGGGAAAUUCUACAUUCAAGGUCCCGGAUUGGAUAAACAACUUAAGAUCGAACUCAGCGAGAAUGUGGCUCCUGGUGAGUUCGCGACAGCCCAAUUUCAGUUGACCCCUCCUUGGGCUGGUCGUCAUCAGAUUUCAGCGAAGUUCUCCUCCAAGGAAAUGCAUGACGUCGACGGUUUUCUGUCAAUAAUGGUAGCACCACCAGCGUCUAAUGGAGUGUCCUAG